AUGCAUUCAGUAAUAUUAGUAUUAUGUAUUGCAUUCUUAAUUGGUUUACACGCCAAAACAGUCGUUGAUUUAGAAGCAAAUGGAAAUGUGAAACAUCCAGGGCAAUGUCCACCGCAUUUGAUGCAAUGUGCUGUUUUUUGUCCCCCUGAUGGUAAUUUUGGACAAACAGGCUGCAAAUAUAAUGAUGGAAACUGUCUUCGUCAUCAAAAAUGUUGUCGACCAGCAUGUGGAUGUUCUCCACAAUGUGUCAAUGCAACAAAAAUUAAACCACCAACAAUCAAUGUCGAUUAA